AUCAGCACCAAAUUGAAAUUGCUCGGCGCGUUCAAACCACUCUCAGCCGGCGGCGAACUUCCUCCUCUCCGUCUCCUUCUCCGGCAAAUCAAGUGUGUCAGGCUUGGUGAAUGACAAGAUGAACACUGCAACAUCAUUAUUUAGGAGGUUAAAUAUCAGAGAUUUGGUAUCAAGGACACCUACUUAUAGUGCCCCUAGUGAAGUAUCUGGGGAUGGAUUGAACUUGAUGUUUAAACGUUGGGCUACGAAAAAGACAGCAGGAUCCACAAAGAAUGGCCGUGAUUCAAAACCAAAGAAUCUAGGGGUGAAGAAAUUUGGUGGAGAGAGAGUGAUACCUGGAAAUAUUAUUGUUCGUCAAAGGGGAACCAGAUUUCAUCCUGGAAACUACGUUGGAAUAGGGAAAGAUCACACACUCUAUGCUCUGAAAGAAGGUUGUGUCAAGUUUGAGCACCACAAGUUGAGUGGUCGCAAGUGGGUUCAUGUUGAGCCCAAGGAUGGCCAUGUACUUCACCCAGUUUACUCGAGUACUGCAGCUCCCGAGCUCAACACAGCAACUUAAGCUUCUCUAACCGUUGAGUCAUUCAUGGAGCACGAGUAUAAUAACGAAAACGAUCUGAGGUCAUUUCAGAAAGCAGCCCAGCCCCUCUACAUUAAAGCUAAUGAAACCAAGUUAUUUUUGCCUUGUAUUCUCCAGUUCAUAUUUCACUUGUUUGGAAUCAAUGCACUUAUUGUAACUGGUAAAGUGCAAAAUAGUUCAGUC